AUGGAUGUAAACCAAGACGAUCAAAUGGAGGUUGAUCCUAACGUUACCUCACAGACGGUUGGCUCUGGGAUGAUAAAGCUGAUGAAUACGAUCCCUCGGCAUGGUCAUCAAAAAGAAGAUGAAAUGACUACUCAAGAAGAAGCGGAGUAUCUUCGAAGAAAAGCUGAAGAUGAGCAAAUAAAGAAAUGGGAUUUGAAGAUUGAAGCUUUAAUUGAAAAAGUCAACACCGCUCGAAGAGAUAGAGUUACUGAGGUAAUCCGUAUGAAUAAAAGGAGAGACAACUACGAUGCAAACAUCAAGAAGAAACAAGCACAUAUUACUGCUAGCGAAAGCCUCAGAGAAAGACGGAGAAUCGAAGCCAAAGAAGAUGAGGAGUGGCGCAAGAUGCGGCGGAACCGGGGAAAAAAAACGUCAUGGUGCUGA